AUGUCUGACGAGAAGAUUCAACAUGAAACGCUUCUUGAACUGUCGUCACUGACUGACUCGAAACAUAAGUCGGUGGCUGACUCGUUGCUACCCUCUGGCGCCGACGAGACUCGUGGUGGCGAAAGAGGUAAUAUCUUGUCUCAGUACUCUGAGAAACAGGCCAUGCAAAUGGGCAGAAACUAUGCCUUGAAACAUGGCUUGGAGCCGGAGCUUUUCGCCAGAGCGGCUGCUUUGGCUAGAAACCCGGAGGAUUUUAACUCUAUGGAGUUUUUAAACGAGGAGGAAAAAAUCUCCUUGAAUAAAGAGGUUACUGCUAGAUGGCAUAUUCCGCGUAAGUUGGUGGAGGUUAUCGCCUUGGGCUCUAUGGCUGCUGCCGUGCAAGGUAUGGAUGAAUCUGUUGUUAACGGUGCCCAGCUUUUCUAUGUAAAAGAAAUGGGUAUUGAUAAAAUGAAGAAUGCUGAUUUGAUUGAAGGUCUUGUCAAUGGUGCUCCUUACUUGUGUUGUGCUAUUGCCUGUUGGACUUCGGACUUUUGGAACAGAAUGUUGGGCAGAAAAUGGACCAUUUUCUGGACUUGUUUCAUCUCGGCCAUUACUUGUAUUUGGCAAGGUCUUGUCAACUUGAAGUGGUACCACUUGUUUAUUGCUCGUUUCUGUAUGGGUAUCGGUGUGGGUGUUAAGUCUGCCACUGUCCCUGCUUAUGCUGCCGAAACUACUCCAGCCACUAUUAGAGGUUCCUUGGUUAUGCUUUGGCAGUUCUUUACCGCUGUGGGUAUUAUGUUUGGUUACGUUUCUUCGCUUGCCUUUUACCAUGUUGGUAGAAACGGUAUUUCCGGUGGUUUGAACUGGAGAUUGAUGUUGGGUUCGGCUUCCAUUCCUGCCAUCAUUGUCUUGUUCCAGAUUCCAUUCGUUCCUGAGUCUCCUCGUUGGCUUAUGGGUAAGGACAGACAUAAGGAAGCUUACGAGUCCUAUAAAGUGUUGCGUCAUACCGAAAUCGAAGCUGCUCGUGACACUUUCUACCAGUACGUUUUGCUUUCUGAAGAAAAGUCUUAUGUUGGUGUGCCUUCCUGGAAGAGAGUCUAUGAGAUGUUCACCAUUAGAAGAAACAGAAACGGUGCUUUGGGUGCAUGGAUUGUUAUGUUCAUGCAGCAGUUCUGUGGUAUCAACGUUAUUGCCUACUAUUCCUCGUCUAUUUUCAUUGAGUCCAACUUGUCUGAAGUCAAAGCCAUGUUGGCUUCUUGGGGUUUCGGUAUGAUCAAUUUCGUCUUUGCCAUUCCUGCUAUCUACACCAUUGAUACAUUUGGUAGAAGAAACUUGUUGCUUACCACGUUCCCCUUGAUGGCUAUCUUUUUGCUUGUUGCUGGUUUCAGUUUCUUGACUCCUGAAGAUAACGAGAAGGGCAGAUUGGCUGGUGUAGCGACAGGUAUCUACUUGUUCACUGCAGUUUACUCGUCUGGUGAAGGUCCAGUGCCAUUUACCUACUCUGCCGAAGCGUUCCCCUUGUACAUUCGUGACUUGGGUAUGGGUUUCGCUACUGCUACGUGUUGGUUCUUUAACUUUAUUUUGGCCUUCACCUGGCCAAGAUUGAGAAAUGCCUUCACUGUCACCGGUGCCUUUGGCUGGUACGCUGCGUGGAACGUUGUUGGUUUCUUCUUGGUGUUGUGGUUCUUGCCUGAAACCAAGGGCUUGACCUUGGAAGAGUUGGACGAUGUGUUUGGCGUUUCGCUCCGGAAGCACGCCAUCUACAGAACGAGAGAGUUUAUCAACAACAUCAGAAAGUAUGUCCUCAGACAGAAGGUGGAACCAUUGCCUCCAAUCUACCAUCACCAGAGAAUGGCCGUUACCAACCCAGCUUGGAACGAGAAGACCGAGGUCUCCCACGAGGAGGACAUCUAG